AUGAGGUACCCUUUAACAAAUUACACAUUCGGCACCAAGGAGCCGCUCUAUGAGAAGGACAGCUCGGUAGCCGCACGCUUUCAGCGGAUGCGGGAAGAAUUUGAUAAAACUGGGAUGCGGCGGACGGUGGAAGGGGUUCUGAUCGUUCAUGAGCACAGACUCCCUCACGUGCUGCUGCUGCAGUUGGGAACCACCUUCUUCAAGCUUCCCGGGGGUGAGUUGAACCCUGGAGAGGAUGAAGUGGAGGGGCUGAAACGACUAAUGACUGAGAUUUUGGGGCGACAGGAUGGAGUGAAACAGGACUGGGUCAUUGAUGACUGUAUUGGGAACUGGUGGAGACCAAACUUUGAACCACCUCAGUACCCUUAUAUUCCAGCACACAUCACUAAGCCUAAAGAACAUAAGAAGCUUUUUCUAGUACAGCUGCAAGAGAAAGCAUUGUUUGCUGUGCCUAAGAACUACAAGCUGGUGGCUGCCCCCUUGUUUGAGCUUUAUGAUAAUGCUCCUGGCUAUGGCCCAAUUAUAUCCAGUCUUCCACAGCUACUGAGCAGGUUUAACUUCAUCUACAAUUGAGAAGCGUCAUAAUUUGUCAUGACCGUGUACUGUCUCUGUGAGCGCAGUCUGAUGGGGUAACGGAUGAAGAUGUGGUGUUUAGGUGUUGGCUAGGUCCAUUGAGGUUUACAAAAUUUCUCAUUUUCUGGCCUGUCUGCAUUACAUUGAUUUAGAUUGCAUAGAAAUGUGUGCAUUUUCCCCAUCAUUUAUAGAUACAUUGCAAGUCUUUGUUGUUGAACUUUGUCAUCAAGUAACUACGUUUUUAUGUUUAACUAAGUGGUGAACACAAUGUCUUUAGAAAAGAAUGUUUCAGUGACUUUUUUUUUAAACCUUGUAUAUUUGUCAGUGCUUUUUAU